AUGUGGAAUAUAAGGUCUGUAAACACUCAACAGGCCUUUGAGAGGGUAGUACUAUUGCAUAGACAGAAACAUUUUAAUUAUGUUGCCUUACUAGAGCCUUUCCAGCAUGUUAGACAUAUUGACAUGUACAAAUUGUGGUUAAAUAUGGGGACAUCAUGGCAUAAUGUGAAUGGGAAGAUUUGGCUUUUUGUGGAUGCAGAAAUUCAAGUAGAAAUAAUGAGAGAUACAGAACAACUGUUAUCCUGUAGAUUCACUCAUUUGGGUGAUGGGCAAGAGUUGGUGCUUACAGUUGUUUAUGCGAGUACUGAUAGAAGUGGGAGAAUAGCUCUAUGGGAGGAUCUAUAUGACAUGUCUUCACACAUCACCAUCCCAUGGCUUGUGGGUGGGGAUUUUAAUGUCAUUACAGAUGACAUUGAGAAAUUUGGGGGUCUUCCUGUACAGUUUGCAGAAACAGAGGAUUUUAGACAAUGUAUAGACAUUUGCCAACUGAUGGAUCUUGGUUUUACUGGAAGUAUGUUCACAUGGUGGAAUGGGAGAUCGGAUGAGGCUUGUAUAUUUAAAAGACUGGACAGAUGUUUGGGAAAUCAGGCUCUGCAGAAUUGUUUUCCUAAUUUGGAGGUAGAGCAUCUCAUUAAACAAGGUUCUGACCACUCCCCCUUGCUGGUAAAUAUGAGAGCAGAUAGUAAACCAAUUAGGAAAUCUUUCAGGUUUCUUAAUUUUUGGGAGGAGCAUGAAUCUUUUCUAGAUGUAAUCAAAGAAAAUUGGGUGGAAUCUUAUGGUUCAGACCCCUUCUUUAACUUCCAUAUUAAGUUAAAAAAGAUGGGAAGAGCUCUCUCUAAGUGGAGUAGGGACACUUAUGGUGAUAUCUUCAAGCAAAUUGCAACUCUGGAGGAAGUGGUGCAGGUGCAUGAGCAAGAAUUUGAACAGAAUCCUACAGGGCUUAACAGGGAAAGGCUACAAAGGGUACAAGCUGAUCUGAUAAGGUUUUAUGCUAUUGAAGAAACAUUUUGGAGACAAAAAGCAGGGAUGCUGUGGUUUCAGGAUGGAGAUAGGAACACAAAAUUCUUUCAUGCUCAUGUCAAUGGAAAGAGAAGAAAGCUACAAUUACAGAGAAUUCAAGAUCAUACAGGUACAUGGCUGGACACUGAAGAGGAGAUUGCACAGGAAGCAAUCAGAUUUUUCUCAGACCAAUUCAAAGAGGAAAAUAUCCCUACAGAUUUUUCUAUGCUUGAUAAGAUUCCUAAAAUGGUUACAGAAGAACAAAAUCAACAACUCUAUGAAAUGCCAGAUGAAGCAGAGGUGAAAAGAGCAGUUUUUGGUUUAAAUGGAGACAGUGCAGGGGGUCCUGAUGGUUUCACAUGA